AUGUCGCAACCUGGAAUUUUCUCCAAAUCAUAUUUGAUUUACAUACUGCUGUCAGUAACGACAGCUCACACGUUAAAUUUCAUUUGUAAUUCUCCAAUAUCUACAUGGCAAGAAUUUCCUCCAAAAUUACCAACCUCAGUAUAUUCAUCAAUAUUUUUUAAUGCAUUAUUAUUAUUUUUGUCACUUUCAUUUGAACCAAUUCAAUCAAGUAAACAAUUUUAUAUUUUAUUAUCGCAAUGUCCACGUGACUUUUGGUCUGCUCGUUGGCAAUUAAUGAUUAGUGAAAGCUUCAAAGAAUUAGGUUUUUUAUCUGUCAAGAAUGUAUUCGCCUCAUUCGUUCCUAAGAAAAUCGCAAAUAUGAUGGGCGUGUUAGGUGCAUUCGGUGUUAGCGUUUAUUGUAUAAACACCUUAUCAUUGGUCAAUUUAAUAUUUGGACAGGUGAACACCUCUUUUUCUUUAUGA